AUGCCGAAGAAGCUUCGGCGUGCUCCUCCCCUAGCGGGACGGCCUCGACCGUUCUCUCCUUCUCUGUAUCCUCCAUCGAGGGGUGUGUAUCUCAUGACUCAGAUCGAUGCGUGCGGUGUAAAGGGCAUUCAAGAAUCACACGAAAUAUCUAACAACGCGAGGCGGCACCGCCAGGCUGCCUCGCCUUCUCUUCUCCCGUCUUCUUCGCCUUGCUCGUCUGCCCCUCUGCCUGCGUCCUCGCGUUUUCUUUCUUCGGUGGCUCGUUCGCUGCCUGAUUCGACCCCGUCACCUGUCGUCGCAAACUCUGUCUCCCCUGCUUAUGCCGCCUCAUCACUGUCCUCUUCCUCUUCUUUGUCGUCUCUUUCCUCUUCUGCACCUCCGUCUCCUUCCGCUUCCUCUUCUUCCUCUGGAAUCAACGGCGUUGCAGAUGUCAUCCUAGCGAACAAUAAGGUCUCUGCGAGAGGCGAGAAGGCGAGAAGGGAAGCGAGCGACGCAGAGAAAGGGGCACAACCCGAGUCGUCGCUGUCUGCAGGCUCUCUCACCUUGUCACCGCCUGUUCGCGGUGUGAACGGGAGAGGCAGAGGAGCAGUGAAAAACGCCGCUGAAGGAGACCUACGAGUCCAGGUCAGUGACGUCGAGGUCCACAUCAGCUCCUCUGACGACGACGGAGAGCGAGAGCGGGUGUUCGCUCUUGUGCAUUCUCAGGAAAGGGGGAAGAAAGGGAUUGCGUUUCCGAAGCGAAGGACUGGCUGGCAAGGGGGCGCGAAGACAGGCCCUGAGGCGAAGUUGGAAGACUGGCGUGGGCCCGUCUGGGGUCGCAGAACAGAGACGGACGACUCUCACCGAGGCUCAUCCAGAGCUCAGAAAGAGAGACUAGGUACACCGGCAGCCGCGGCGCCGAACAGAGAACCCCCAGACGCUCCAAAGGUCGGUUGGGCUGUGAGGGGGACGAGCCAGCACGCCGCGACCAAGCAGAAGGACGUCGGCGAGCAGGCGAGUGGAGACGAAGGCCGCGGUGGAGGCGCGCGAGCGAGAAUCGAGGCAGAACACGGACACUCGAGACGUUUGGCGAGUGAGGUGGCGGAAACGGGUCCAGUCCACACACCACAAGAGAGAAUGGGGCGAGUCGUGGAGCAGGUAGGAGAGGCACAUAACGCGCGGGAGAGCGCGGAGGCACCCGAAGGGUCGCGGAAGAGACAACGAGAAGAACCCAGACCGGGAGAAGAGGAACAAGGUAUCCAAAACGGGGCUCAGGAAAGCACAAUCCGGUCCCCAGCAGGAGGACAAAAGAGGCUGAGAGAAACGGCUGCGCACGAGGAUGAGAGGGCGAAUGCCUCAGGCGAGAAAAAGCAAGAGGGAACCAGCACAAUCCGUGCAGAGGGGGAAGAAAUGGCUGCAAAACUCGGAGAAGGCCAACCUGAACGUCAGGCCUCCACCUCUAUGGAUAUGUCUCCUCCCAUUCAGCAGGUGUUUCAGUCGUCUCCUGAUCGCCCCGACGAAGGCGCCUGCGGUCGCGGCGAGUUGCUGAAGCGAAUGAGCGCUUCAGAAGACUCGGAUAGUGCCUCCCUGUCGCCUUCGCCUCUUUGUUCGAGAAACACCGUUCUCGCCGAAGACCGCGAAGUGCCUUUCUCCCAUCGCUGCUCGCCUUCAGAGGAAGACGAGGAGAGGCAGGGUCGGGGCAGAAACGAGGAAGCCGCUCUGCUUCGCUUCAAGAAAAAGAUGGAGACUCUGGCGAAGGCGGAACUCGGGACGGCGCGCGCCAUAGCCGCCGACGCCCAGGGUGCUGUGCGCGUCUACAACGCUGCUCUUUGGUUGGAGCAUUUGACGAAGACCAAGGAAGCGAGCAGAGCCGGAGGCCGGGGCGAAGGAAGCGGAAGGACGGUUGCUCGAGGACAGGCGCGCGUUCGCGCAAAGGACUGGGAACCAGGGGACGCUGGGGUAAAGGGUGGCGCCUCUGGAGAGGCGGAGCAUAUCGACCAGAAUGCUACAGAGACAGACAACGAAUCCAUUGAGUGUGGCAGGCGAUUCUCCGGUGGAGAGGCGGGACAAGCGCGAGGAGGACAAAAAGAAAAUGCAUGCGCGGAAGCGAACACGAAGGAGGCAACCGAAGCGGCUGAGGCAGCAAACGCUCAAAAGGGGAAGGAAGGCAAACCGGAAGGGAAUGAACCGACAGAGACGCGAAGGGAAGAAGACACAGGGAACAGGAGGAGGGAAGGGGAGACAAGGCCGAGUGAGAUGGAUCGGGAUAGCAAAGGGACAACGCGACAGGAACGUCGGGGGAAGGAGAACGGCGAACAGCUGGAGGGAGACACUGGAGAGACACAAGCGCUUCUCAGUUCGGCAUCGGCGGCACAAGAUGAGCAGCAAGGCGUGGGAUCCGAGCGGGGAGCAGAUGUGUCAGGAGAGAGAGAUGAGAACGCGGGGUCGAUGUACUACGACAGCGAGUGUGACUCCAUGUAUGGUGAAGGAGCUGACCUCGACCCCGUUGACGAGAACGUGCAGAACGCACUCUUGGGGGACCGCGAAAACGACGUUAUCUCCGUGGUUGAGGCGUGGCGAAAUAUACAGCAACUCUGUCGUUCAGUCGGGGCCGACGAAGACGGCGGCCACCGGUCUUCCUCGCCGUCUUGUUCUUCUCCGGUCGCCUCUCUCUCCAAAGAGGAGCGAAGUGCUGUGCGCUCUCAGGCGUACAGACAGCUGCCGCCUCGCGUCUGGAAUGACAACCUCGAGCUGCACUGUGCCGUGUGCGAGCGCGUUAACGGAGACCCGCACACAACAACGAUGCUCGUUUGCGAAGCCUAUUGCCAGCGGGCCUUCCAUCCGGCAUGCGUUGGCCUGGGCAACCUGGAACUCGACUGGGCAGACGAAAACGACCUGCGGUCUCGCGCCUUCUCCUUUCAGUGCGAGGACUGCUGCGACGAGGUUCUCCGGUGCAGUGCGUGCGGUCUGCGCAAGCCUCGACGUCAGCUGGCACGGUGCAGCCACAUGCUGUGUCGGCGUUUUUAUUGCUGGCCUGCAUGCGUGGAGUCGACAGUACACAUCUCGCCUUUCCAGCGGGGUCCUCAGGUGCCGUCACUGCGAGGCGACGACCUGCGUCGCCUGGUGCAAGCUCUCAGCGGGCCCUCAGGUUCCGCUGCAGCCACAGAGCUCACCGGACAAGGGGCGGAGAAGGACAAGUGUCUCCUCGCCGCGAGCGGCUCCUCGUCUUCCUGCGGCGCCGGUUGCAGCUCGGGGUCUCUGGGACGAGCAGGCAGCGGCGAACGCGCUGACCACAGUGCCCUGAACAUGGCGGCAACAGGGAAGGCCCCGCAGUCACAAGAGUGCAGAGAAGGCGAGGAACGAACCGGCGAACAGCGGGCGUGCGCCGAGGCGGACGUAGACGGUGCCCAGGGGCGGGAAGGCUUACAUUCGCAAGCCGACGGGGGUGGGGCUGCUCAGCAAAGAGAGACAGGGAAGGGGUUAAGACACAGACAGAAAGAACAGAAGAAAGGUCGGGGAGGCGCGCGAGGUGGCAGCGCGCCUUCUCUCUUAUUCGCGUCGAGAGAGACCCGCGGAGCUCAGAGAAAAGACUCAGCAGACGGGCAAUCUGAUGAUGUCAAUCGACUCGUGGAAGCCGCACGAAUUCUCUACGAGGCAGGCGAGGAUGUGUUUUUCGAUGCUCAGGGCCGAGAGCGUUUUAUCUGCUCGCGUCACUUCUGUGUGUCUUGCCACACGCUAGAGGCGCAGCAUUUCACGUGGGAGACGCACAUUCGCCAGCUCGCGCAGCUAGCUGACGACCUGCAGCUAGCUGUGCCCAAGUUGGCGGCCGAUGCGCCACCGGAGACGAACCCGCGCACCGGCAAGUCACUCAGUGACGUCGGGGACGCUUCGACUGCCCAUCUGGGCAGCCGUCAACCAGCGACAUCCUGCGAGACGCUUGAGCUGGCGACUGGGAGGAGUCAAGCAGCCGGAGGCCAUCCGAAGAAGCGCGGAGGACACCUAGAUUUGCUUGACGGUCACAGUGGGGCCACAGGCGAACCAGGAAAAACAGCUGGAGACGAAACGGGUCCACAACCUGGAGCUUCGCAGUCCAUGAGUCUGCCAGCCGAGACCCCAGGUGCUUCUGCCUCGAUCCUGGCGCUGGAGCCCGCGUCACCGUCUCAGGGCGGUGCUGAUUCCCUUGCAGGACAGGUACCUGCACUGAGGAAGCAGCUCGCCUUUGCUCGAGUCUGUUUCGAGUUUGUGAAGGAGUCGACGCGAGGGUGGACCGACAGAAGAAUCUUUGCAAAACAGUACAAGAUGCACCGUCCAGACCCCUUCCCAUCCCUCCUCGUUUCGCCGCUCGUGGAUAUCUGGGAAUGCCAACUGUGCCGAUCAGCGUUUUGCAGUCGCUGUGUCCCGCCGUCGUCGAAGAUUCUGAGCGACGCAUCAGGAGCGAUUCUGUGCGACUUCUGCCGGUUUUCUGAAAGCUGGAAACACCGGAGAAGCUCCGUGCUUCGCCCCGUCAGCGCCGGGGAGGCCCGGCCCGCAUGCAGAGGCGCAGGAGACGAAACGGCGGACGAACGGGGUGGACGCGACAGAAGGCGGCGAAAGGGCAAGAAGGGCCGAAGGGAGGACGAGCAGCGACGCAUUGCGGAGAUGGUCAAAGAUGUCGUCGCAGGCGCAGACUGCAUUACCAGUCUGACCACAAACUUUCGCCGCUUCUUACGGACCGAGUCGUCGCGAGUCCAAAAUACCGGAGUCACGGCAAAACGUGUGAUCGACGACCACUCCUGGGAGAGCUGUGCACUUGUGGAGGACGAUCCGAACUCUGGGGACGAGUCGGAAGUGGGGAAGGCGCUCUCCACUGUCUCAUCUCUCUCCGCCCGAAAAGGCGAAAAAGGCUUUUCUUCACAGUCGGACGCGCCACGCCCUUCGGGCGCCUCUCGUUUUGCCCCUGGAUCCAAGGUCUGGGACUACGCGCGGAAGCGGCGGAAAACCGGGGAUGGCGAGGCCCUUGGAUCGCGGGGGGCUGGGCCGGCGCCUGGAGGCUCAGCGGAGUCUUUUGGGGCGGAUCGGCUGAAUUUCCAGUUCACGACAAGCUGCAUUUUCCCGGCGCAGUGCCGGAAUCUGUUGCGGGCGCGGAGCGAGGGCGAAAUGUGCGUGUGCACGGGGAGUUCUUGCGACGCGGACUGCCUGAACCGGAGCCGCGGGAUCCAGUGCGACCGCAAGCGAUGCAAGUUUGGGACGGCAGACUGCGGGAACCGGCAGUUUAAACGCGGAGGCGGGUCGGGAUCGCAGGCUUUCUGCUUCGUUCAGGACUGCGGAGAGAAGGGCCUGGGGGUGUUUGCACGAGAGCGGAUCGAAGAGGGGAAGCUGGUGAUCGAGUACGUCGGCGAGGUGCUGGAUGCGCAGCUACUCGCGGCGCGGGUCCGAGCGUACACUCAGCAGGAACUCGCCCGCGGGCAGCCGCAGCACUGGUACGUGAUGGAAGUGAUUCCCCACGUCUACAUCGACAGCACGCGCGUGGGGAACAUCGCGCGACUCGUGAAUCACAGCUGCGAGCCGAACUGCUCGCUGCAGCGGGUAAACGUCCACGGGACGUACCGCAUGGGGAUCUUCGCGCUGCGCCCGAUUCUUCCCGGCGAGGAGAUCUCGUACGAUUACGGCUUCACCCGUAAGGGCUUUGGCCAGGGCUUCGUCUGCUUCUGCGGCAGCAGCAAGUGCCGCGGGCGGAUCGGCGGAGACAGUCGCAGAAACAAGUUUGGAGACGUCGCGGACAAUGCGCUGAAGCGGAAGGAAGGCUUCGACUCGCUCCUCUGCAAGCAACUCUGCCAAGCCAUCACGUCUCAGAGUUUCUCCAGAGCCGAACGGAUCCCGCCUCCCUCGCCUUACACCUGGCGACGCGACGCCAUCGGCACCAGUGCCCAGGCCAGAGCGUGGCUCGAGAAAAAGCUCAACGAAGGAGAAGCCGACAACCCCUUCUUCGCCCAGUUCAUCUUCGACUUCCACCUCUAUGACGCCGCCGUAAACUUUGUCAAACUCCUCCUACUCGACGGAAAGACUGUCGAGGAAUUCACUCGCAGCAAAACGAAAUCCAUGUGCAUGGACAUACCCUGGAGCUUGCUGGCGAGCGACUUCAACGACAAGGGCAUAACGCAGGCGAUCCGGCAUUCCAUCCUUACGGAAGAACGCCUAAACAAAGCCAAGAAGUUCUUUCUUUCCAACAUGGCGAUUCGCGCAGCAGAGGCGUCUGGCCGCUCAGCGCAGACGGCACUGCAGGACCUCGUGGACCUGAACUGGGGAGCAACGGAGGUAUGUUCGCUGUGUGACAGCGAAGGUGUCGUGAGCGUUUGCGAUUCCUGCGCCGAGGCGUAUCAUGCCGACUGCGCGGAAUUGAGCCAAGACGACGAAGGCCACUCUCUCUGCCCCGCCUGUCUCCUCUCGGAUUCGAGGCGUCAGUGGCAUCUGAUGAGCGAAGCUGACCGCGUGCUUGUGGGAGUGCGCCUGAACGCUCUGCGACUGCUGGAGGUGCUGGCGAAGUCCCCGCACCAAAGCCACUUAUUCACGCGUCAAACUGACUCUUCGUUAGGAGGCGAGGAUUACGCAGCUGCAUGUGAAAAGGCGCGGUUGCCCGAAAAAAUUGAAGACGAGACGGAGGCAUGUAUUGGGUCGGUGGUCGCGAAGCGUACUGGGCGAACCGACGCUUCGAGAAAAGGAGGAAAGGGGAGCUUCUGCCCGAACAAUCUUGGCCACGAGAAAGGAAGGGGCGGAGGCGUUGACAGUGGAGGGGAAACUUUACCUGUUCUCGCUGGAUUGCAUGUGGACGUCAUCCAGUCCGUGUUCACCCUUCAGGAAGAAGAUGAAGCUUUAUUUUUUGAAGCAGGUUAUGUGGAAGAGUAG